AUGGCCGUAAUGACGACUAGUACCGACCCAAGCGCCGAUAUCUCUGCAACUACUAGUCCAGUAGAAGCAAAGUUAGAACAAAGCAAUGCAGCAGGAGGCACUGCACCAAAGUUAAAACAAUCCUUGUCUUUUAAGCUCGCCUUCAUUGGAAUUGCGGCGAGUCUUUUUGUUUUCCAGCUAGAUGCAACUUGUUUGGGAAUUUCUCUUCCGCUUGGUGAUUUAAACGGUACGAGCUUGGAGUCAUUUUGGGCGAGUCUGACCCAUACUCUAUGUGGGUUGACCAUGCAGUUGAUUUGGGUCAGCAUCUCCGACGCAUUCGGUCGGAAGCCCCCUCUCUACGUAUCCUUGAGACUGUUCUUCAUUGGAUCAGUCAUAUUUGGGGUAGCAAGAAAUAUUAACACCCUUAUCGCUGGACUCGUCCUCCAAGGGCUCGGGGGCGGUGGAAUUGAUGUUCUGGCUCAGGUAAUACUUGCUGAUAUGACGACAUUAGAGGAACGCUCAAAAUAUAUCGGUCUAAUGGCUAUCCCUACGGCUAUUGGUAACAUUAUGGGACCUAUAGUGGGUGCUCUUUUCCCAACGUUUGUAUUCUGGAGAUGGAUUGCAUGGAUCAACUUGCCGAUUAUAGGGUUGGGGACAUCACUUGUGUUCUUCUUCCUCAAACUUAGACCUAUCUCUCUAGAAGCCACGCUCGCCCAGAACUUGAAUCGACUUGAUUGGGUCCGUAUGGCCCUUAUCAUUGUCGGUGUCACGCUGUUUGUUGUGCCGCUUAGCUGGGCAGGUUCACUCUUUCCAUGGGCCUCCUGGCAGACGCUCUUUCCCUUGCUCUUGGGAGCUACUCUGCUUGUAGUGUUUGUCUUUUAUGAGACCAAGCCUGUGGCACCUAUUGUGUCCCAUCGACUAUUCCACACAAGGACUGGAAAUGCAGCGCUAAUAGGAGGCUUCAUUCAUGGCAUGAUUCUAGUGUUUCAUUAUUACGUCUCACUCCCUGUUCAAGCUAGCGUCAAGAAUGUUGACGACACAGGUCUAGCUAUUGGACAGCUUCAUACUAUUCGCAUGUUUGGAGGUCUCAUUGGCCUCACCACAUCUUCAGCAAUUUUCAACAAUAUAUUUUCAGAAUCUAUCUCUAAUACUGCGGUCCAGCUAACGGGAGCUUUGGCGCCCCUGAAAGACGCCUCGAAUGAGUCUUGUUAA